GCCCCGCCCCUCACGGACCCCGCGCAUGCGCGACGCGGGGGGGGAAGAUGGCGGCGUCCUCGCUGGAGCAGAAGCUGUCGCGGCUGGAGGCGAAGCUGAAGCAGGAGAACCGCGAGGCGCGGCGGAGGAUCGACCUCAACCUCGACAUCGGCCCCGCCCGCGCCCGCCCCAUCAUCGUCAUCACCCUUAGCCCCGCCCCCGCUCCGUCCCAGCGAGCAGCCCUGCAGCUGCCCCUGGUGAGCGAGGGGGGCCGGGGGGGGCCCCCCGAGAGCCCCCAGCCCGCGCCCCCUCCCCGGCCCCGGCAGAUGCUGGGGCUGCCCCCGCCCCCCUUCCUGGUGCCGCGCAGCCUGGAGAGCAUUGAGAUUGACCAGAAGCUGCAGGAGAUCAUGAAACAGACGGGGUACCUGACCGUGGGGGGACAGCGGUACCAGGCGGAGAUCAACGACCUGGAGAACCUGGGCGAGAUCGGCAGCGGCACCUGCGGGCAGGUGUGGAAGAUGCGCUUCCGCAAGACCGGCCACGUCAUCGCCGUCAAGCAAAUGCGGCGCUCGGGGAACCGCGAGGAGAACAAGCGCAUCCUGAUGGACCUGGACGUGGUGCUCAAGAGCCACGACUGCCCCUACAUCGUGCAGUGCUUCGGCACCUUCAUCACCAACACCGACGUGUUCAUCGCCAUGGAGCUCAUGGGCACCUGCGCCGAGAAGCUCAAGAAGCGAAUCCAGGGCCCCAUCCCCGAGCGCAUCCUGGGCAAGAUGACGGUGGCAAUCGUGAAGGCGCUGCUGUACCUGAAGGAGAAGCACGGGGUGAUCCACAGGGACGUCAAACCCUCCAACAUCCUGCUGGACGAGCGGGGCCAGGUCAAGCUCUGCGACUUCGGCAUCAGCGGCCGUCUGGUGGACUCCAAGGCCAAGACCCGGAGCGCGGGGUGUGCGGCCUACAUGGCGCCCGAGCGCAUCGACCCCCCCGACCCCACCAAGCCCGACUACGACAUCCGCGCCGACGUCUGGAGCCUCGGCAUCUCCCUGGUGGAGCUGGCCACGGGGCAGUUCCCGUACCAGAACUGCAAGACGGAUUUCGAGGUGCUGACCAAGGUGCUGCAGGAGGACCCGCCCCUGCUGCCCCCCGCCAUGGGCUUCUCCGGGGACUUCCAGGCCUUCGUCCGAGACUGCCUCACCAAGGACCACAGGAAGAGACCAAAGUACAACAAGUUACUGGAGCACACCUUCAUCAAGCGCUACGAGACGCUCGAGGUGGACGUGGCCACCUGGUUCAAGGACGUGAUGGCCCGCACAGAGUCCCCGCGCCCGGGGGGUGGCCUGGGCCACCACCUGCCCUUCUUCACCAGGUAGCGCCCGCCCGGCGCCGCCACGCCCGGCAGGGGACACCGGGGACAGCCGGGACACCCCGGGGACAGCCGGGCCACCUCCGGGACAGGGACAGCGGGGACAGCCCUGGGACGCUGCCUGGUGCCACCGCGCCCGGCAGGGGACACCGGGGACAGCCGGGACAUCCCCUGUGACACCGGGGACACCUCGGGGCAACCAGGACAGCCCUGGGGCACCGCCCAGCACAGGGACAGCUGGGACACCCCCUGUGACAGGGACGCCUGUGACACCCACUGGGGGCGGUGACACCUGUGCCACCUCCCCACAACUCCUCCCUGUGACACCCGCUGUGCCACCCCCCUGUGGCACUGCCACGGCCACCACAGCCCCCGCCUGGCCUGGAGUGUCCCCAGCGUGUCCCAGCGUGUCCCUGCCAUCCCAGCUGUCCCCUCCCACUGUCUCCAUCUUGCCAAGGCCAGGAGACACUCCUGUCCCCUCUGUGUCCCCCUGGCCAUGCCUCAGUUUCCCACAGGGUCCCGUGUGGGGACAGGGCUGGGGACAGGACAGGGAGGUGGCACCGAGGGUGUGACACUCCGGGAUGUGACACUCAGAGGUGACACGCUGGGAGGUGGCCCAGGGACACGGGCAUGGCUGGGGGAUGUGACACAGGGGUGACACUGGGGCCUGGGGAUGUGACACUCGGCCCCGAGGGGACAUUGAGGGGGCACGGAGGUGGCACCAGGACGUGUGGACAUGACACGGAGAUGGCACUCGGGGACAUGGAGAUGGUACAGGAACGUGGCACGGGGGACAGGGGACAACGUGGAGAGCCAGCACGGGGAUGUGACAGCCAGGGGACACGGAAGGAUGGCACAGAAAUGGCACCGGAACGUGACAUGCGGAUGGCACCAGGAUGUGACACAGGGAUGGCACCAGAACGUGACAUGGGGAUUGCACCAGGAUGU